GAUGCUCAGCAUGUGUGACCACUUAUUAGGAAGAUAUCGUACAAUUCAUCCAAUUCCAUGUCGAUGGGAGGCUGUUGCUCGGGUAAAUUUUGAGCAGUAACGCAAUCUUCAACAUCUGUGACCAUACGUUCAAGACGGUCAUGAAGUUCCUCUCGGGCACUAGACUCUGCUGCCUUGAGGUUUUGAAGCUCGUCCUACACGUAGUGUCAGCUCCCGAUACGUUGGUCGGCAAAAUAAUUUUGCGUGCGUACCUUAAGUCGCUUGUUCUCCUUGGUGAAAUCUCGAGAAAUCUUCUCAAGUUUAUCCUUCAUAGCGGUGACCCUUGUCAGCUCAGUUCUUUGCGUAUCCUUCUCUUUCUGAAGCUGAUCACCACGCUUUUUGGCCUUCUGAUGAUCGCGCUCAGUACGCUUCAUGUCUUGUAAGAGCUCCGUGUACUUCUUCUGCAAAGCGUCCAAACGGUUCAUUGGGGUUUCCAUAUUCGAUAGGAGAGAUGACAGUUCGCGGUUAGCUUUCUUGACUUCUCGCUCUAUUCACAAU